AUGAAACUGAAUCCCAUCCAUAAAAUUGCCAGACUAGGAGCAGGGUUAAAUAAUGAGACUGAUAAGAACUGCUACAGACACACAGACCAGAGCUGGUUUGAGACCACAGACCAGAGGGGAUUUGACACCACAGACCAGAGGGGGAUUGAGAUCACAGACCAGAGGGGAUUUGACACCACAGACCAGAGGGGGUUUGAGACCACGGACCAGAGGGGGUUUGAGAUCACAGACCAGAGGGGAUUUGACACCACAGACCAGAGCCGGUUUGAGAUCACAGACCAGAGGGGGUUUGAGACCACAGACCAGAGGGGGUUUGAGAUCACAGACCAGAGGGGGUUUGAGACCACAGACCAGAGGGGGAGAGAGACCAUAGACCAGAGUAGAGCCCUGCACGGGCCUAUUAUCUGGGCCCGAGCCCGGCCCUGGCCCGAGGGGGUGGCGCCCCAGCCCGGCCCGGCCCGAUAUGGUUUCUGA